GACUUCUGCAGCGAGUAACAAACCAGUGACCAUUUCAGUAUCUGCACAAAAACCAAAACCUGGUAAACGAGAAAGUAAAGACGCAGUGGAUGAAGUUAGGACAUCUGACAAAUAUGGAGAAAUAUAUGUCAGAGGGGAAGAAAGUAAUGAAGAACAGAGAGAACUUAAGAAAAAGGAGAGAUUCAUUAAACAAAUAGCAGUAACUGUGUCAUCAUCUUCAAGUGAGGAAAGUAGUAAUGAUUUUGCGAAAUAUGUACUUCAAAGGAGAAGAAUGCGCAGGGAUCGUUAUAAAGACACAGGAACCCAGAAGGAAAUAGAAGCAGUAGAAAACGUGAAUGAUUUAGAAGAAAGAGAUACUGAGACAGAAGAAGAGCAAGAUACAAAUAAACAAAGAGAGAGUGCAGAAGAGACCAAUAUGAAAAGCGUGAGUGAAGAGGAAACAAAAGUGAAAAAGUUUGAUGAUAAACCUGAUGAAGCCCCACAGCAAGAUGCUAAGAAUGAAGAAUUUAAUCAGGCAGAGAAGAGUGAAGAAAGUGAAAUGGGAAUGAAAGAGGGUGAAAGUGAAAAGGAGAACCAAGAUGAAAACCCUAAUAGUGAAGUAGAAUCUGGAGAGGAGGAAGAUGAAAAUGAGGUUAGAAAAGAUGAUGAUGAUACCUCAAUAGUAAGUGAUGGAGAUGAAGAGGAGAAAGGUAAUGGAGAAGAAAGUGAAAAAUCUGAAGCACAGUAUGAAGCAGAAGGUGAUCAUGAGAGAAAGGCAAAGGCUGAAGAGAAUCAUCACAGAAGAGGCACAGAGGAGAGAAGUCAAGAGUGUAAUUUUAAAGAGGAAGAAACAGUGGGCAAGAGAGAAGAGGAGAAGAGAGAUGAGUCAGUAGGAGGAAAGGAGGGUAAAUGUAAGGAGGAGCAGAGUGAAGACACAGAAGUGGAGGCUGAGAGUGAGGGUGGAGAGGAGGAUGAAGACAGUGAAAGGGAGGAAGAGGGAGGUGAUGGGGAGGGAGAGGAGGAGGAUGAGGAAGAGGAGGAGGGGGAGGAGUAUGGGGAGGAGGAUGAGGAGGGGGAGGAGGAGGGGGAAGAUGAGGGGGGGGAGGAGGAGGGGCAAGAUGAGGGGGAAGAGGAGGAGGGGGAGGAGGAGGGGCAAGAUGAGGGGGAAGAGGAGGAGGGGGAGGGGGAGGGGCAAGAUGAGGGGGAAGAGGAGGAGGAGGAGGGGGAGGGGCAAGAUGAGGGGGAAGAGGAGGGGGAGGAGGGGGAGGGGCAAGAUGAGGGGGAAGAGGAGGGGGAGGAGGGGGAGGGGCAAGAUGAGGGGGAAGAGGAGGGGGAGGAGGGGGAGGGGCAAGAUGAGGGGGAGGGGGAAGGGGAGGAGGAGGGGGAGGGGGAGGGGCAAGAUGAGGGGGAGGGGGAGGAGGAGGGGGAGGGGCAAGAUGAGGGGGAGGAGGAGGGGGAAGGGGAGGACGAGGGGGAGGGGGAGGGGGAAGAUGAAGAGGGGGAGGAUGAGGGGGAAGAUGAUGAGGGGGAGGGGGAGGAAGGAGAGGGAGAAGAUGAGGGGGAAGAAGGGGAGGAAGAGGAGAAUGUUGGAGAAAAAAUCAAAGAAAAUAAGCAUCUGCAAAGGCAUAAUAAAAACAGAAAGCAGGAGAAGAAAGAAAGUGCUGUACAGAGCUCUAUACAGAAAGUAAGGACUAAACAACAUGUAGUGAAUGGAUUACACAAUUCAGAACAAUUUUGGAACAAUGUGCUACCUCAUUAUUUGACACUAAAAUAGUACAGGAUGCUGGAGAUUUACUUUAAACAGAUUCAUUCAGGAUAUUGUUGUGCCAUACCAAGUUUAUUUAGCUAUAAUACUUUUUUUUAAAGUGAUUUUUUAAAAAAAAAUUAGUCACAAUAAAUGUAUUAUACUAACAUCAAGUGCCAGUUUCCUAAAGGGCUACAGAAAACAUUUAAGAGUUUGGUGACCUUUAUCAGACCAAAUUAUCAGAUAUAAAUUCUGGUGAAAUCACUUUCAUCUUUACUGUGUACAACACUAUUACAGAUGCAGAAAGUGAUUCCCUGAGACAAAGCAUUUGCUUGACACAAAUUUUGUCAUAAUUUUAGGAUGAUGGCGUGUAUUAUGUCUUGUAACAAUGUAAUUUUAAUUGCCUUUUUAAUCAGAUUUCUGGAGCUGAAACAUUUAAUUUUGAUUAUGGGGUAACUAACAUGUUGAUGUGCCUUAUAUGAAUGGAAUAUCAAUAAAUCAUAAAAAUUCAAUUUUGAGAAAUAUAUCAACAGUGUUCUUUUCCUUUUAAUUUCUAGUAGGCCAAUGUAUUCAUUUGUUCUUAUAGACAAAUAGUUCGUUAGAAAAUUCCAGAUAAGUCCAAGAAAGGACAGUGCCAGUAUCUGGUCAGUACUUGGUUUCUGUAAACUGAGGCCUUGAUGUUUCAAAAGGACUUCAGCUUAGUCUCUGAUUCUAGUGCCAACAUGCAAUUGUGUUCUAAAAAAUAUGAGCACAAAAUCAGGGGCCUCUGAAAAUCUGACCUCAAAUGUAUUGUGGUUAGAGUACAUCCAGUUAGUGAUAACAAAACUAUUUAAUUAUUAGAGGCAAUUCAUCUCAGAUCCAUACAGAGCCAUGAAAUGUUUCUUCAUUCUUAUUUACUCGUUGAGCACUGUUAAUGUACUCUGUGCCAUACAUUACAGAGAAGACAUGGUCCCUGCCUCAUAGAGCGCAUCAGAUAGGCACCCAAUACCCCUAGGUAACAAAGGACUGGGAAUUUGGAUCACAAAGGUCUUGAUCCUGCAAACAUACAAAUGCUUAAUUUUACUGCCAUGAGUAAUCCCAAGUGGGACUACUUACAGUACUAAAAUAAAGCAUGUGGGUACUGUUUGCAGGAUCGGGGCCUAAGUGAUGAAAGGAAGAUGUAGUAAAUCAAGAAUCUAGAUGAAAUAGAAUGGAAAUUGGCAUAAAAGAUCUAGAUGGCUGAAAAGACAAUUUUUGGAAUUUCUAAAAGAUUUGGUGUUCCCCUAAACUCUAAAUAAUCAUAGUUCCCCUUUUUUCAAUUUUCGAAACUCUUAGCAAAUAAUUUUUAAAGGAUUUGCACUGUGUUUGUAAUGGUGUGUCUGGUGAGGGGAAGAGAAAAAUAGGUGGUUUUGUCAUCCAGCAUUUUUCUUAGUACUUGCGUACCAUAUUGGUGGCCACUGUAGGAAACCCUAAAGUAGACAAAUCUCUGUUAACCAACCUGAGUGGUCUUGACAGUCUCUGAAGAGAGUUCCUUCAAUCUCUCUUUCAAAAUGAGGACAAGAGGAGGAAGAAGAAAUCAAAAUGCGUGGGGGAGGGGCGUGGGAUUAACAGAUGUCAAGCAGUAAAAAUGUUAAUUAGUACUUGUAUUGUGGUUGUGAAACAUUUUUUUAAAAAUUUUGUUUUGUA